UAGCCUGGGAACCUCCAUGUGCCGUGGGAGCGGCCCUGAAAAGAAAAAAAUAGAAAGUAACGAGUUGAUUCUGAAAUGACUAAGGAGUCGAAUAUACGCAGAAGAGCCUAAAGAGCUUUGAUGAAGCACACAGCUGGGUACUCACACUGCCUGAUUCGAGACGUACCCAGAAGCCACGGAAAUGAAACCAGGGUCCUGCUGACACCAGGACAGGCGUGCAGAUCAGUGGAGCAGAGCAGAGGACGAGAGCUGACCCACUUCUGUGGUCGGUGAUUUAGACGCAUGCGCCCAUUCCAUGGGAAAGAAGAGUCUUUUCAACAAAGGGUGCAGCCAUCAACCGGCCGCCGUGAGAAACAAGAGAAAGCUCAACACACACGAUACCCGAACUCAAAAGCUGACGCUCUGAAACGUCUAGGAACUUGGGAGACUAUUUUUGAGAAUUGGAGCAGGCAAAGACCUCUUCGAGAGGGCUCUAUAAGCACGACAUACAUGAAAAGUGAAAAAGAAAAAUGGUGCUUUAUCUGAAUUUUAAAACCCUGCUCUUUGAGAAACUGUUGAUAAAACAAAAAUUGUCACACUCCAACGUCCACCAGGAGAAGGGGCAGAAGGAAAGACUCAGGGUGUACGCACACAGUGGCACCCUGGUCAGCAGCCAAAGCCACGGAGGGUAGGCCCGAGGCACCGGAGCCGGGCACACGAGCCCCAUGGGCCCGACUCCGUGGCUGUGACUCCUGAGACGGGCAGCCGCGUCUCCAGCGGCAGAGAGUGGAUCAGCAGCUGCUGGGCCCAGGCUCGGGGGAGGGUUGCAAGCCUUGCAAGCCGGUGGCAGGAGGGAGCUCUGGAGAGAAGGAUGCGUGCCAGUCCGGAUGGGGGCGCUGUCACAUGGGCACACACGGUCAUCAAAACUGUGCAGCUGCCCACUUAACACAGGCGCAUUUGACUGUGAGAAGAUCAUAGCUCGUUUAGGUGAAUCUGAAAUGUGAAGAAGAGGACGAACGAGUAGUUGGGAUUGCAAGCGCCUACGGUGUCUUAGGCACAGUAACAGAACCCACAUCCUCUGAAACUGGAAGGGUGUUUUUCAAACGUGUUUAUCCGCACCCCGUGGAAAGCAGGGCAGAAGAGCGGGUCCGAGUGCCCCACAGCCUGAGAGCCGCGUCUGUCGUUCCCGAUGCGCCAAGAUGCUCGGGACUGGGGUGGGCAGGAGGUUCUCCCCAGCACCUGCUGUGUUCGCUACGUGAUACGUGGCGGGUGCAGGUACGUUUCUAACAUCUGAGCAAAAAGUCUGAAUCCUAAAUUACACAUGGUCCCUGGGGGGCCAGAGAGCAGCGUGGACAGUGGCCUGGAGCCCCUGGGGCCCUUUCCCGGGGGCAGGGCGGGUGGCAGCAGCGGGAGUCACGCCCUCCCGCCUGCUCCGCCACAUGGAACGUCAUCGUUCACGGAAGGGACGCGCCGAUCAGGAGACCGGGCUCCCGGGUCACCGGACACGUUCCCACAGGUCCUGGACGUGAGGAAGCACAGCUCUCGGGGAGACCCCCCGCCCCCUGCGCAGGCCGUGCUCGGGGCGCAGGACGGCCCGCUCCGCCCCCCUAGGCCCUGGUGGCUUCUCUUUUUGGUCCUUUCUCUAUCUGCUCCAUCAAAUUAAACCUGCUGAGGUUGGGGGCAGUCCUGCCAGCCCGGCCUUGCUGUCCUGGGCCCCUUGGGCCCCUCACCCUGAGAGCCCCACCACCCAGGUAUUCCCUGCGGCCCUGCCCGGGCUGUUCUUGCUCCACUUGACUUCGGAGGAAACUAGAGCGAGGUCUGGCUCCUCACGGCAGAGUCUCAGAUGUCCCGAGAGCGUGAGGCCUGCUGCUUGGGGAUGCGGUUCCCUCCCCUCCUUUGACAGAAACAGGUUGCUGCAGGGGCCAAAUAUUUACAUCGUCACACGGGCACAAACACUGGCACAGACAGUGACGCUGGCGGCUGUCUACAGUGGGCUCCUGGGUAGUGUCACCUCUGCCAAGAGCGGUCCCCCCAACGGGGGGGGGGGAGCGGGGGCGGUGAUUAACCCUUUGUAGCCAGAGGACGCAUUGGUUCCAGGACCACUAUGUGUCCCAAAGGACAAGUACAGCAAAGUCGGGAAAACUGUCCCCGACCUGGCAGUGCCCGGUAAAGGCGUCGCAGCUCCUGGCUGGUGUCCCCUCGUUUCGAGGGUGAAGCCAGAAUGCCGGUACGUCUCCUGUUGACCGGCUUUCGACCAAGUGCCGACUCGACUCCGGUAAUCAGCCUGCCUCGCGUUGGCCGUCCGCAGCCUCCGUUUCCCAAGGAGUCUCAGCUCGGCCGUGACUUCUCUGCUGCAGCUUCCUGUUUGUGCAGCCACAGCUUUGUGACCGUUUGUCUCCGUGGUCCCUUGUUCGACUCUUCAGAACUCAGAAACACCCUAGCCGUAUGUUGCAAGCAAACACCCUCCGCAAAUACUGAAGCCCCUGGUCAGCUGUGUUUUCGCGAGCACACGUCGCCUCUUUUGCCCUUUCUUCUGAGCUCAGGGAGGGUCCCGUGGGUUUGGGCUGUAGGAACAGGAGGCGUGCUUGGCCCGGGUGGAGAUGGCACCUCGAGGAGCAGGUGCACCCGGCAGAGGGGGCUCACUGCGUGGAAACGGUUCCAUGAGAAGAUGCCCAGUCUACGAAAUGGAAACAUAAUUUCGGGGAGUGGCCUGUUCGAAAUUACAUCUCACUGCUUAAGUGCAUUGUGUACGUCUCUCUGCUAAAAUUACCUUCUCAGUGGCUCCUUUUCACCAGUCAGGUCCAUCUUUGCUUUGGUGGAGCCUCGUAAACAACUGUCAGCUGCAUUGUUUCCUUUGUUGUUGAGGAGAGUGGGAGGCAGUGCAGCCCAGGGAGCAAGUGGCCGGCCCUGCUCAGGGCUUUCCCCGCUCAGGCGUUUCCAGGGCGGGAAGGAGGCCGGGCAGCGCGGGGUCUCAGACGGCCUCUCUGCCUUCAGCUGGGAGCGGUUUCGGCAGCAGCUCAGCCGGAGGAGAAGUGGGCGCUGAGGUUUUGAUGCCAACCUGGGCCUCUUCCCUGGGGGAGGAAGGCGACAGCCAUCACUAGCAAGGGGGGCCGGGUCGCGGGGUCUCGAGAGGCUGGCGAGGGCGGGCGGGCAGGCGGCCCCCGGGGCACGGCUGACCUUCCUCCCGGGAGGAGGGCGGGGGCUCGCCAGCAGCUGGAACUGUGGGGGUGGAUUCGUGCAGGCGGGUCCCUAGGUCCAGGGGCUGAGGGCCAGGGUCCCUCGCAGCCACGGGAGAACAUCUCGCAGUCUCGGCAUCGAGACGCCCCCAAGUCCUGGACGGCCCCACCUGACGUCAAAUCAAAGGGGGGGCACAAGUCAGCACCUCCAACAGGUGCUGCGGGGAAGGAAACGUGUCCUUUUGCACAGAUGGUGUUCUGGCAUGUUCUGUCUGUUCUCCUGUGCAGGCUAACGUCAGCAGGACUGUAUUUUAGAGCUGGGUUUUCUGAGCCCGUAGCACCUUACUGGAGAAGGUUCCCUCCUGAACCCAGGGAUGCCUUGGGCGGACUGUAGUCCACACAGCUCGGGACCCUUUCUGCUCGUUUCCGCCGGCCGCGGGAAUUCGCCGUCUAUUCGCAUGGUGAGAAGCUUCAAGUCUAACAGGAAAAAUGGGUGAAAACCAAAUGCUUCCUUUUCUGUUCUAUGUGUUUAUAUUUUGUUCCUCUAUUAAACAGAAAUAUUCUGUUAGUGACACUAAGCGUAUUCGAGGAGUAUACCAUACGCAUUCUUUUAUAGGGUAGGAAGUUUUUAUUAUCCCCUUAACCGUGAAGUUAAACUAUAUCGAUACAAAGAAAACCAGGCCUUCUAUUAAUGCAUGCCUUUUUUUUUUUUGUCAUGGAUACUCUUAAAUUUAUUCCUGGGUAUUUUAAUGUUUUGAAUUAUCAUUAGGAAUGUGUUUUCAAUCUUAGUCAAAUUGGUGUGGUUUGUAAAUACAAAUGCUACUAAUCUAAACAUCUAUUUAAAAUGUGUAAAUGACUGCUUCUGGCUUUCUCUUUUUAUUUAUUCUCUUGGAUUUUUCAGGCAGGCAAUCACAUUAACAGAUUUGACACAAUGGUUUGAACGCCAUUUAAAGCUAAAUUUAGAUAUCCCCAAGAAUGGAAAGUGCAUGACAGAUAUUUUUUCAAACCACAAAUAGAUUUAAUUAAACUGUUUAUUUUUUUGAAAUGAGUCCAAUGAAAUAUUUACCUUACAAUAUGUCCCAUCAUAAUUUGUUAAAUGCCAUAGCUUGAGUAAUAAACCACUUGAAGCAGUUUCUUUAGGAAGAAAGGCCUUCCUGGCACGUCCUCCUGGCCUGGGGGCAGGAGGGGGCAGAGGGGGGCUCCGCCAGCUCCUCUCUAUAGCACUCGCUCCGCUGGCAGCAGCAAACUGCCCAACUUGUAGCAGCCAAAUCGCAGAUGGUGUAGUCGCCCACUCAGCAGCUGGCCCCUCACCCUUCAGCCUUUAAAACGAGUCUAGGAUUGAUUUGUGGAAGAGUCACGUAAAUUAAGAGACUCAUUCAAAACUGCAGAUUCAGCCUUUUCCAGCCAAAGGCCAGGAAACGAAGCAGGCAGGAGCUCCUGAGAUUUCGGGCAGCAGGGAACCACCGUCCUGACCCCUCUCAGCCCAGCCAGGUGCCAGACCCACCCCUGCAAGGGAGGGUGCUCCCCCCCCGCCGCUUGCCUUGACCAGGGGUGAGGGAGGCCCUGGCCCCCUGCUGGGCUCCCGGGCCGUGCCCUGGGCGGUGGGUGGGCGGAGAGGGUCUUCCCAGCCCCCAGACGGACCUGCAGGGACUUGCGGUCAGCUCCGCGUCUAUGCACACGCACCGUUUACACAGAACCGUAGUCCUAAGCGCCGUGUCUCUUUGGCAGGGCUCUCGGACCCAGCUCCUCAUCUAAGCCACAGAGCACAGAUGAUGCUCGGUGCCUGUGCUCACCCCGGCCACCUGCGGCUCCCAGACGGGGGCGCGUCAUCCAGUGAGAUGCCCGCUGUGGCCAGCCUCGUCCCCCCGUCCCCAGAGGCCCCCCCAACAGGGUGAGGCUCUCAGUGGUGACCCUCGACACAGUGGGGCCCUUGUGCAUGUCAGGGACACUGGGGCGAGGCCCCCAGCCACUGGCCUGAGUGACAGCAGGACUGUGAAGUUCCUUGUGGCCACUAAAAUCAGGGGCAGGAGGGGCAGGACAGAGGCUGCCCAACGAGGGGGCAGGCAGCCUUUCUGUCCAGCAGCAAGGGGCGAUGCUAAUUAAGUUGGCGCGGAACAUUCAAAAGAUCAGAAAUACAACCAGCGCGAGGAAGAAUUGCAGUCAGGGGAGGGGACCUGCUCAGCGGGCGAGCCCGGGUGUGCCAGCGCCAAGGGCAUGCGCCUGGGGUGUCCGCUCAGGUCCUCCAGGCCAUCCCGGGUGCAGGCGUGUGAUGGGGCACAGAGGGUGACCGGUCCUGCAGGGAGGGAGGAGGGGAUGGCCACGCAGAGCCCAGGCACGGCCCUAGGGGCCAUGGCCACACUGCCCAGGCCAACAAGGACGGGCAGAAAGAAAGGCCAGCCAUUCUCUUCCUGGCCCUCCCCGGGACUGGACCGAGCUCAGCAGGCAAGGCUGGCUCCGCCUCGGCGCCAGAGUGGAGCGGGAAGGGCAGAGGCAGGAUGAGCACGGCAACCCCCCCCCCGAGUCCCUAAGUUGCUCUCUAGUGACUGAGGUCGGGCAGAGAGGGGCACCCACGUUCCCCAGGUUUGCGCCCCACGUUGCCUGGCUCUGCAGGGGCAGGUGGCCCAGCUGCGCUUGCUGGGAGGGCCCUCUCGUCCAGCAGGGAGCGGCCGGCUCAGCAGCCCCGGGGGGUGGGUUCUCACACUGCUUCUCUCAGGGGUGACUCACACCAGCCCAACAUGACAGCAGAUGGAUAAACCAGGAACCAGUUUCCAUACAUUCGCUUCCUUCCGGACCCGUCCACCAGGAAGCCAGUAGAGUUGAGGUGCUGCGGGAGGGUGUGCCCAGGGCGUGGGGUGGGGUAGGCCACAGGACUCUGCUCUUGGCAGUCCCCACCCCCAGCCCCACUCACCUUGCCGGGAGCUCGGAACCUGUCCUCACCUCCCAGCUCACCUGGGAGACCUGCUCCCAGGCCAGGCUGCCUCUGCAGGGACCCCCAUCCCUCCGGCCAGCAGGGCCAGGCCCUCCAGGGGUGACCUGGGUGCACGUGGCACCGCCCUCUCCGUGGGGCUUGUGGUGAUGCUCCAGCGUCCUGGCACUUGGGGCGCCACCACAGCCCGGGCCCCCACCACGUGCCCUCAGUUGAGUCUCAGGAGGGACCCUCGCAUCUCCCAGCUGGCAACGGCCUUCCUCUCCUUCCUGGCAGGCCCAGGCUCUCUGCCCACCUGCGGGGGCCCUGGGGCCGCCGGCUCCUGCCUUGGGAGGUGAGUGAGGCCGUCUGAGCAGGAAGGCCCACUGCAGCUCCCAGCACCACCGGCCGUACAGCAGCUCUCAGGGAGACAAAGCUUGGGGAUUGACCUGGAAGGACCUUGGUGUGGUCAACCCUGUGCCCACAGAUCGGGUAGGGGAGGAAGGAGAAGUGGGCUGAGGGAGAAGGGGCCGAGGAGCCCCUGGCACAGACCCAAACCACUGCCUCCGCCUCCAGCUGCAGGGACAUCGGGGCCAGGGCCAGCAGAAGGACAGGGACGCCAAAACCUCGCGAGCCCCCAGCCUGCAGACUCUGGAGAGACUCUCUCCCCUGUGUGCCUGGUAGCAGGAGACUUCGGUCAGGCCUGAAGUGGCCUCACAGGUGACCCUCUGUCCCCAGCCAGGCCUUGCACCUGCUCUAAACUGGGCCUUGGGGGUCACCUGCUUCCAGGCCUGGGGGUCUCCUUGCUGCCCAGGGGCUACUUGUGACCAGCACGGCUCAGAAUCAGGGCUCUCCUUUGCCAAGGGGUCCAGCUCACCUGCUACCUGCACCUGCAGAGCCCAGGGCUCUCUUCUAGGCAGCAGGGAACUCUGCGGGGCUCCCCUCCAAACCCCGGAUGCAGUCAUGCCGGCUUUCCUGUAGAUGGGAAGGCAGAGCUGUCCCGGGACCCUGGCCUCAGGGAGCUGAGCCCUGGGGGUGGCAGGGGCGCAGGGGGCUCCCUGUGGGCAGCCUGACUCUCUCGGGUCCACCAGAAGACCCCCGGCUUUCCUCUGAAAGAGGGGGUGUGGUGGCCCCUGGGGUGUGGUCCUGGCCAGGCAGGAACCCACUGGCCUCCAGGUGUCUCCGCUCGGCCCCCAUGGCUUGCAGGUGACGGCCACAGCCAGCUCCCGGCCCAGCCUGAGCCCAACGGGAGAGAAGCCAUCUGCUGUGUUCUCCCGGCACACUCGCCCAGUCCCGCCAAAGACAGAAACCUCGCGGAGCAAACCGCUCUUCACUGGCUUCAGAGGGCAGCCCGGCAGCCUGGCAGCCUGGCAGGCCGCGUCCCGAGGAAGGAGAAGCGCUUCCCGCCGUGUCUGCCCUCCGCCUGCGCCAGCGACCGCUUUUUAACCUCGGAAAAGGCGACCCGAGGGGCCCUGCUCCAGGCUAUUUUAGGCACAGACUUAGAAGUAAAAGCAGCUGCAAAGUGAAAAGUUUUAGGAAUAUUUCCAUCCCCUGGAGCGAUGGAGCCGAGAGCCCGGCCAGCAGGCCGAGCCGCCCACACCCUCGCCGGCAGCGCCGCGGCCCAGCCUCCGCCGCAGCCCUGCUUUGUGUGUGGCGUGUCCCGGGCGCAGGCGGGCGGCCCGGCCUGGCAGGCCCCCUGGCCGGGUCGGAGUGACUCAUCGGUGGGUGCUGGGCAGGGCCAGGGCCCCUGAUGCCCGGGCUCGGCGAGCAGCACAUGGCCCUGCGCGGACCCUCUCCGGGCCGGCUGGGCGGUGCCUGUUCAGCCCACUCUUCCCCCAGCUCUGCCUCUGGGGCCCAGGCCGCGGUCCCCGGUGGGGUCUGGAGACCCUUCCUCUGCAGCCAGUUCCUCCCGGGGCCUCCGGCCGGAUUCCAGGAGCCCGUGUCCUGCCACCCUCUCCCUCUUUGCUCCUGACCCCCGCCGGGUCCCCGGGCUGGCCACGUCCUGUCCCACUCAUGGGGGGCUGGGGUACAAGACGCAGAGCACAGGGCUUGGGGUAGGGGCCCCUCAGUGGACACUGGCAAGUCCUACCAGGUCACAGGACAACACUCACCCUGUGUCCAGAGCCGGGUGGGUGCUGGGGGUCCCGUCUCUGGUUUCCGAAGGGCUUCUCCCUGUGGGAGCCCAAAUGCUCCUCCCCCGCUGUGCUCACAUGAGGGAUCCGAGCAGCAGGGACCCCGCGUGGGCCCGCAGUCGCGCACUCCCGGGCCAGGGGUCUUCCUGCCUCAGGCUCUGGGCUUCCCCACCGUGGUUUGGGCCUGACUGCUGGGCUCUGGCCUCUCCGUGGGGGGCAGCUCUUUGCCUGGGUGCCCCCUGCCCACCCCCGCCUGGAGCACCCACAGGCGCCCGAACAUCCUCUGCUCCAGGGACCCGGGCCCUGUCCUGGGGAGGGACACAGCCGUCACCGCUCUGGAGGUGGCCUCCUGGUCUGUCACCUCCACAGGGAAAUCAAGCACCUCCGUGGGUGGGGGAGGCACAGUCCUGCUGCCUCAGCCCACAUGUCUCGGGCUCUGUGUGGUCCCCUCGAGGGGACCACACUGGAAGGGGGAGGGGACAGCCUUGUCCUUGGAAGUGGGGAGAACACAGCCGCUGGAGCUCUGGUCCCCGGGUGGAAUCCCCAAGCAUCAUCCAGCCUUAGAGCAGGAGGCCAGUCUAUUAAACUGUUCAGCAGGUCCGCCCCCUCCUGCCGUCGCGGUCCGCUGUGCAAAGCCCCCCUUCCCCCGCAGUUUAGGAGAAGCCCUGCCCCUCGUCCUUCCCUCCAGGUCGAGGCCCGGCCCCUGGGCCCUGCGCUCCCAACUGCACAUCCAGCAGGCAGGCGGGGCCAGCUCGAACCCGCAGCCAAGCGUGUGGCACAAGAAGGCGCUGAGCGGUGGGAGGACGUCUUAGAUGCCUUAGAGGGACCCAGCUCUCUGGCCGCGUGUGGCUCUGGCCCGGGCACACGGGCCAGACUUGAUCUUGGCGCCGGCGGGAGGGUCACACCGUCCCCCGUCAGCCCUUUCUUCACCCCAGUGCGGGUGUCUCUCCCGAAGAGCGGCCCUUUGAGCAAAGCGCAAAGGUGGAUAUGGAUUUUCUCACUGAGGCCUGUGGGGAGUGGGCACGACCCGCCUCCAUCCCCCCCGCCCUACCCUGUCCAACUCAGGAGGGCGACGCUCGGCCCUCCAGAAGCCCUCCCUCAGCCUGUCACCUGCCCACACCUUAAUCCCCCCCAGGGGUGGGGAGCAGGUGUUGUCCUGACCUGGGCCCCAGGCACUAGGGUAUCACAGUGGCACAGCAGCCUGGGGUGCUGGCUUCACUCGGUCCUGAUGCUGGGGCAGCAGCUGCUUCAGGGCCGCCUCGUCCUAUGGCCGCAGGGAAGGGGCUGUGCUGCCACAGUCCCCGUCCUCCAGGUCCCAGCCAGGGCCUCGAGCCCAGGGACCCCGAGCGGGGCAGUGGUCCCACUGGGGCACCAGCUGGAAAUCAGGGGCAGAGUCCCCCUCUCCCCUCCGCCUCUUGGAAAAUACGGCCCUGUUGGUGACACACUUCGAUGGCAGGUGGAAGCAAAGCGGGACAGUGGCGUGUGGCUGCCACCAGCAUGUGACGUGCUUGGCCUGCAGCGAGGGCAGCCCAGAGCCCCUGCAUGGACCUGCUUUGGGACAGCAGGAGGACCUCAGGAGGCGGACGGCAAGGGUCAGCUGCAGCCCUUUGCAGGCCCAACGACGUUUUCGGAAGGAAAGCCUAGUGUUUGCCAGAAGAUCCGGGAGGCGAGCGUGGAAAUGAUUUCUCCUCUCAGAAAGUCAAAGACGGACCAGGAGGGGCGUCUGGAAGGGCCCGCUGGGGGGUCAAGGAAAUGGAGCUGGUGGCUCUGCCCCAGACUGUCGGCUCUUUGCCCUGAGGCCGCAGGUCCCCUCUGGCACUUGAGCACCGUGUGGCUGCAGCUCUAGCACUGAGAUGACCGCGUGGACAGGACGGCCCACGUCUGAGGGGUCUCUGGCAUUGGAGGGGCCGGGGCUGGACAUCGAGCUGGCUGAGUUUGGACUGGGGACCCCGGGGGAGGUGGGGGGUGAGGCCUGAGCCCCUCGGGUCAGUCCCCUGAUUCUGAGGGGGGAGCUCCGAGCUCAGGCCUCUCAUCCGAAUCUGCUCAUAAAGAACCACCUCCAGCGGCCACUGCCUCUUCACCUGGUCUCGGUGAACGGCCAUGGUGCCCGAGAGGUGCUGGCCUGGCAGCUGCUUUUCCCGUGGAGGCAAACCGCAGGCCUGGUGUUUUGGGGGCCCUGCACCCUGAUGCGGCCGAGGCUCCUGCAGGCCCCCAGCUGUGAUUUCUCUCUGAGAUGCUUGAUCAUUUUGAAUGAGGGGCACCCACAUCUGCAGGCCAUGGGGGGGCACUCUGACCCCUGACCUUGGCCCUGGUGCACUGGGGGGAGCCGAGGAAGCAGGGGGCAUCAGAUGGAGGAACUGCAGCCCCAGGCCCAGGGAGGGAGGGGUCAGCUUGAGUGUCCAGGGCCUGGUGCCCAGCAGCCUGGCCUCCCCUGGCCAAGUCCUCAGCUCUUCCGGCCCAAGAAGAGAGGCCCCCUGGGAAGAGGCUCGGUCCCAGCCUAAUAAUAACUUUCUUGUUGGCCGCAGCCGCCAGGCUAUUUUUAGAGUCCCUCCCAGGCCCAUGUGACUCAGCAAGGCCCGUGUUGGGACGAGGCAGUGGCAGGAGGGCCGAUGGCUGGGAUGCGCCAGGCGAGAGGUGGGCAGGCCGGGCCCCGUACACAGCCAGGCGAGCCCGCAGGGCCUUGAGCCCCGGAUGCCCGGGCAGCCUCCGGCCCGCUGCCCGCCCCGCCCCGCUGCUCCCUCCCUACAUGGCCAGCCCCUCCCCCGGGCCGAGGAGCAUGGAAAAUCUGAUGACAGAAUUCCAGCCCCGGCAAAGAAUGUGGCCUGACCUUCACCUCCCGGGGAGCCGUGGCCCACGGGGGGCUGGGCCUGGGUCUCCCCCUCCCUGCAGGCAUCCCGGAGGCCACUCAGCCCGCUCCCCUCCCUGGCCCCCAACAUGGGAUCGGCCUGGCACCGAGCGCCUGAAGGUGCUCCCAGAGUCCCAGGCUGGUCCUGCCCCGCAGCCCGGAUCCCCCGCGCGGCCAGCCCGCAGGCCCUUCGUCGCAGGAAGGGUUUCUGGAGCAGGUCACCAGGGCAGAGCAGAGCCGGGAGGCCAGCUCCCAGCCCAGCUCUGUCACCGGCUGAGAUCGCGUCCACUCCUUGGGGAAGGGUGUGCGGAAGGGCGGGCUGGGUGUGGGCGGGUGUGGGCACGUGUGCUCGUGUGCACACGUGUGCCGACUCAUGUACGUGGGAGGUUGGCCUCUUGGGAGUAAACUGCCUUUUCUUCAGCAUCUUCUGGUCCAGCGGCCACGGCCUAAGGGGUGCUCCUCUCUCGCGGCCACCUUCCCACCCAGCAGGAGGCCUGGAUGGCCCAGUCCCCGUGGGGUAGGCCUCCGACGCCCCGGGGCCAAGAGGCAAGGAGGAGUGCCACUGGGAGCCGGGGCCACCCCUGGGCGAGGGUGGUGGCUCUGAGGGGACCCUGGGCCUGGCAGUGGGGUGGGGCGUGGGGUGACUUUGCAGUGGGCCGCCUGGAGGGCCAGGGGUGGACUUGGUGAGCCAGUUCCUGGCUAGAAGUGGCGGUUCACACAAGCCUGACCCUGAAUGCUCCUGGCAGCUCCGUGUGGCUUUGGCUGGUCAUCGCGUUGGCAAAUGCAGGGAGGAGAUGCCAGGAAGGGGCGAGGCCAGGCUCCCGGGUGCUGGGAGGCCGGCUUGUGCCCCAGCCCACCUGCUGUGUCUUUCCCACUGCCCCACAAAUUGUCCAGAUGCCCUCCGGCGGCAGGCGCCCGCGGUCAGGCAGCUCCCAGGCUGAGGCUCUGAGAGGACCGCUCUGUGGGCUCACCCUCGGAUUCACAGCCUUCGCCUGGUCUGUCGGUGGUUUCCUCUGUUUCAAGUGUUAGGAUGCUGUUAUAUUUAGGGAAGAAAUUGCUUUCGCUAAAGAUGGAUAGUAACUGUUAAAUUAUACCUUGCUGGUUCUGCAUCUCUUUUCUUAUUCCUAAGUCUGUCUCUCAUGAAGUAAUGGCAAAUAAAGAGUUAU